GCAAAAGAGGAUACUUCCUGCUAAAAGCAGUAAAGAAGGUAACGCUUGUGACGUGCUUUUAUAAUGCAAGGUGCGUCUGAUUGGAAAAAGUACAUGUGGGAAUCUCUUGUGACGUGCUUUUAGAAUUUCAAAUUGAUUUUUUAGGAUGUGAAUUCAUCUAAAUUCUUUCAAUAAUGAUUAGAGACAAGGACUCUGGUUACUUUUAAAAGCAACAAGGACUCUUUUGCAGGUAUUUAUCUCAAUCACUAAUUCCACGUCCCGUGAGUUAUGUAGUCGGUAAAAUAAAGUCUUAUAUCAUUUUCCUUAAAAUAUAUAAUUCCACUCUCAUUUAAAAGGAAAUGACAUUUAUAACCCUAAUUUCACAAGUCAAGAAUUGUUUUUUAAAAUUACACAACUACCCUUCUAAAUAUAUGUUAAUUACAGUUGAAGUUUUGAGCAAGUCAGGAAAUCAUCUAUUACCAAUAAAACAAAUAUAAUGAACCAUUAUUUUAUAUUCUCUAGCGCAUGGAAAAUCUGCUCAUCAAUUCACAUCCAGUUAAUUCCAGUUAAAAAGUGAACCUUCAAUUUUUUUUAUCAUUACUCUUUCAUUUUUUGCAAAUGGGAAAUGGACUAAUGCUUUGCUCCCUCACAAGUAUACUUUGCAGUUAUAUAUAUUAAUUGGGAGUUGCUGCUGCCUUUAUGGUAUUACUACUUCAUUAGUACUCAUAGCGUCCAUUUUCUGUUUCUGGCUAAACAACCUCUAUUCUUUGCAGGUGGGACUAAACUAUUAUAUUCAUCUCUGAAAUAUGAAGAUGGUGAUCCGAUCCGAUGACCGGGUUGUCUCCUACAAUUGCCAAGAACAUUUGUGGGGUUACAGAAUUUGAACAUAUAUAUAUGACAUUUCAUUAAUUACUUCCCUUCGUAUAUAGUUAAUUGUGCUAAAUUGUAUUGACUUCAAUUUGCUUACCCUGUUCCUUUUCUGCUUAAGUGUUGCUAGAAACCUAUUUAGCUAGCUAUGGUUGAACUAUUAUAUGCAUGUAUUCAGUUUUAUUGUUUAAUACAUUGGAUUUUCACUCCUGAACUAUUUUAAUAUAUUUAUUUCAUUUAGGAUUUUAUAUAAGAUUUCUUUUUUUUUUUUUUUUUACACAUUUUAGCAGCAGGAAAAAAACACCUAAAUGAUCUUCUAUGCAUCAUAUGUUAGUUAGUAGUGAAAUACUAUGUAUGUCAGGGUGGAAUUCAGAUUCUUUGAUAAUACACACUUCAAAAUGUUGUUGUUGUUGUACCAUUUUUAUAAAUAGCGUGAUCAAGGCCUGCGGUUUAGCAUUAUCUCGUCUAAAGAUGAAAGGUAUAGGAUUCAAGUCUCUCCCAUAAACAUUGCGGGAGUCUUGUUAGGGAAAAAUAAAAAAUAAAAAUAAGAUGGAGGUGAUAAAAUAUUACCAGUACCCUCAUAGGUAAGACCACCCUUGAUUAAUGACUUGAAGUAAUGUGGAUUAGCCUUGAACAUUUGGCAUUUAUGCUUCUUAUUCAAAGAUCUUUGUUAUUUCCAUAAUAUAAUCAAUGUUAAUGGUCACAUUCAAAGAAUCUUAGGUUUCUUCAGCUAAAUAGCUAUUAAAGACAACAAUGUAUGAUACUAGCUAGAAUCCAUGAAAAUCUUUUAUUUAACCCCUUCUUCAAGGCUAUCAAACACCACCAUUAACAAUGCAAAUAAGGCUAGAAGCCAAAACACAGAACAUUGGAAAUUCCCACCACACUUGCUGAUAAAUUACAAGUUUAAUGCACACUAGUCAUUUGAAACCCUCUUUGGAUCACACACGCCCUUUUGAGGACAACAAUUUCCUGAGAAGCUCCAAUGGGACUAGAAAUUGAAGAGCAAUUUGUGGAUUCACUGUCCUCAGUGAACCACAAAUUAUGCAUCAAAAAUUUCAUAUGGAGCAAGGAAGAAUGGCCUGGAAUAAGUCACAACGAAUUCGCGGAUGGAGACAAUGACAUCCCGGUUAUAAGUCUACGAGGAAUUUUGGACGAAAAGGAAGGACAAGAGUAUGCCGAGGCGUGCCAAGCUAUGGUUGCAGCUACCCAAAAAUGGGGAUUCUUUAAGCUGGUGGAUCAUGGCGUUGCUUCGGAAAUAGUUGAGAAAGCAAAAACGCGGUUACAAAAGCUUUUCGACCUUCCCAUGGAGCAGAAGCUGAAAGGAGGUAGAUCAGCAACCUUACCGUUGGGGUACUGUGCCACUAAUCCUGAUUAUGGACACAACUUGCCUUGGGCAGAAAUAUUACAACUACUUCAAUCACCACAACAGAUUGUGGCUUUUGCAAGAAUGGUUUUUGGUGAACAACAUCAACCAUUUAGUGAAGCCUUGAUCGAGUACAUGGAUGCAUUGGACAAGCUAGGAAUGACCAUUUUCGAGAUGCUAGCUCAUGGACUAGGCCUUGUUGAUGACUUCUUUACCAAGAAUUUCGACGAGAAAGAGGCAACUAUGAUCCGAGUCAAUAGUUACCCUCCUUGUCCACUCCCGGAGAAGUGUCUCGGAGUAGGGAGCCACUCUGACCCGCACACACUUACAAUAUUGCUACAGGACGACGUUGGUGGUCUUCAGGUCCUUAGGAGUGACAACCAAUGGGUCGGAAUAUCUCCUGUUCCCAACUCAUUUAUCAUCAACAUUGGUGACACCCUUGAAGCAUGGACAAAUGGGAGGCUGAGGAGUGUUGUGCACAGAGCAGUGGUCAAUAAAGAGAGGAAUAGGAUGUCACUUGCAUAUUUUCUUAGCCCUACAAGCAAUGCCCUAAUAGAUUGCCCUCCACAGCUUAUGGAUGAAGAGACUUACCCAAGAAAGUAUGUGCCCUUUACCUGGGCAGACUUCAGGAAGGAGCUGUUGAUCCAAAAGAGGGUUGUGGGCAAAACUGCCCUUAACAGAUACCUCAUUUCUAAAUGAAACAUGGACAAAUAUGUCUUUGUUUCAUGGCCUAAACCCUCAGUGUUCCACACACACACGUCUGGUGUGGAUUGUUAAAGUGAAAAAUGAGACCUGUGUAGUGAGCUUUGAUGUUUUUCUUUAUGUUUGUUGGUUUAUGAAAUAAAUGGUAACUUUGAUGAUGUGA